AUGAAUGGUGGUCCCAGUUUAUGGGCUAUCUCUCCUGAGGAGAGGAAAAAACAUGACCAAAAGUUUGACACGCUCUCCCCAACCAUGGGCUACGUCUCAGGGGAACAGGCAAAGAAGUUUUUCUUGCAGUCAGGGCUGUCUGAAACGGUGUUGGCUGAAAUAUGGACUCUGGCUGAUAUGAAUAAAGAUGGGAAGAUGGACAGGUUGGAGUUUUCCAUUGCCAUGAAGCUCAUUAAGCUAAAGCUACAAGGCACGGCCCUUCCCUCAGGUCUGCCAAUCAUCAUGAAGCAGCCUCCAGUCCCUGCUCCCAGCCUCAACCCCUCUACCUCAGCUAUGGCCAAUGCACACUAUAGUAUGGGGUCUAUACCUAACCUGUCCAUGCUGCCAGGAGCAGGGGUUGCCAUGUUGACCCCUAUGUCCAUGACAACGCCUGGGUUCUCACCUCUGACCCCUAUGACAUCUCUCACUCCUCUGGUUCCUAUGGCACAAGGGCUGAGCCCCUUAAGAGGCUCCAACCCCACCAUGCCACUGAUGCCCACCAUCGGGAAUGCUGCAUUGCCAAAUGGCACCAUAGCAAUCCUCCAGCCUAUCACUGCUGGAGCUAUUGGCACUGGCCUCCCUCUAUCGACUUCCUACGCCUCUCCACUGGGGUUCUCCUCCUCUUCUUCUGCUGCUACCACUGGCAUAAACAAGGCCUCCUCGCUGCUUGAUCUAGGAUCCAGCAGCUCCAAUUCUUCAUCCCCCUCCCUGCUGUCCCCUAAACUUGCUGGUCCCAGUGACUGGGCUGUGCCCCAGGCCUCCAGGCUAAAAUACAGACAGCAGUUCAACGGUUUGGAUAAACAGAUGACUGGGUACCUCACUGGCCAACAGGUGAGGAAUGCCAUGGCAACCACAAUGCUGACUCAGACACAGCUUGCCUCCAUCUGGACUCUAGCAGAUGUAGAUAAGGAUGGCAAGCUGAAAGCUGAGGAGUUUAUCCUGGCCAUGCAUCUGGUGGAAAUGGCCAAAAGUGGACAACCACUACCACUUUCACUGCCAAAUGAACUGGUACCACCCUCACACAGGGGGUCAGUGAAUGGUUCUAGCUCUUCUCUGUAUGCUGUUCUGACCGAUGACUUGGACAUAGAACCGCCACAGAAGAUCAAGGCUAACAUGACGUUUGAGGAUAGAUUUAAAGCCAACAUUGAGCGAGGGAAUGCAGAGCUGGAGAAGAGACGACAAGCACUCCUAGAUGCUCAAAGGCGAGAGGUGGAGCGACGCCAGCAGAAAGAGAGAGAGGAGCGAGAGAAGAGAGAGAAGGAGGCCCGGGAGGCAGAGGAGAGGAGGAGGAAAGAAGAGGAGAGGAGGCUGGAGCGACAGAGGGAACUGGAGAGACAGAAAGAAGAAGAGAGGCAGAGAGAGAUAGAGAGAAAAGAGGCUGCACAACGGGAGCUGGAGCGUCAGAGGAAGGAGGAAUGGGAGAGGAGGAGGCACGGGGAGCUGCAGAUAAAAAGGGAGCAGGAGCAGGAAGACAUUAUUAGACUCAAAGCCAAGAAAAGGAGUCUGGAAAUGGAGUUGGAGGCUGUGGGCAACAAGCACCGUCAGAUCUCGGACCGUUUGCGUGACGCCCAGAACAGGAAGAAACUCCAAAAGACAGAGCUGGAUUUGACCAGUCAGAGGCAAGAGACGCGUAGCCAGGAAAUUGAUAACCUUCAAAGGCAGCUUGAGGAAUUCCAGAGAAAGUUAUCCCAGUUGACUCCAGAGCAGAAAAGACUGACAGAGAGACUCAGAAACAUGGCUCUGAAUAACCUGCCAGUGUCAACCAUGUCUACCCUAAAGCUGAGUGUGACAGAGAAGAACGGAGGUUGUCGUAAGCUCAGAGAACAACUGGAGACACUGCAGAGAGAGACUGCAGCUAAACUGGCAGAGAUGGACCAAUAUAAUAAAGAUAUACAGGACCUGAGAGAAAGCCAAAGAAAGCAGCAGGUGGCACUAGAGAAACUUAGGAGCAUCAAAGAGGACAAACGACGUGAACUAAAUAGAAGGAGGGAGCAGGAGGAGGAAAGGAGGAGAAGGGAGGAGGAGAGGAGAAAACAGGAGGAGGCACGAAAACAGAGGGAGGAGGAGGAAGCCCAAAGGCGUAUCAAGCAAGAAAAAGAGCGACAGUGGCAAGAGAAGCUCAAGAGAGAUGAAGAGGAGCGACAGAGGAGGCUUCAGGAGGAAAGGGAGGCCAAACUGAGAGAGGAGGAGGAAAGAGAAGCACAGGCUCGCCUCCGGGCUGCCAAGGAGCAGGAGGAACGAGAGCGCAAAGCAAUGGAGGAGCGGAAGAGGAGAGAAGAAGAAGAGAGGAAGAGGAGGGAAGAGGAGGAGAGAAAGCGGAGAGCUGAAGAGGAGAGGAAACAAAGAGAGGAGGAGGAGAGGAAGAAGAGAGUAGAAGCAGAGAGGAAGAGGAGAGAAGAAGAAGAGAGGAAGCGGAGAGAAGAAGAGGAGAGAAGGAGAAGAGAGGAAGAGGAAUGGCGAAGGCAGGAGGACAGGAAGAAGCAGGAGGAGGAGCGAAGAAGGCUGGAAGAGGAGAGGAGGAAAUUAGAAGAGGAGAGGAGAACUUUGGCGGAGGAGAAGAGGAAAGAGGAGAAGAGAAGGCAAGAUGAAGAGGAGCGACGUAGACGGGAGGAGGUGCUCCGGGAGGAGGAAUGGCGAAGGGAGAAGGAGGAAGAGGAGAGGAGGAGGCAGAGGGCCGCGCAAGCAGCCCUCAGAGAUGCCGAGGAGAGAAGAAAGAGAGAGGAAGAGAGGAGAAGGCAGGAGGAGGAGGAGAAGAGGAGGCGUGAAGAGGAAAGAAAGAGGGCAGAGGAGGAGAAGAAGAGAAAAGAGGAGGAAGAACAGAGGAAAAGAGCAGAAGAGGAGAAGAAAAAAAAAGAGGAGGCAUCCCGCCAGCAGCCGCAGACUAGCGGAGGAGUGAAGUCUGACAUUCAAGAGAGACUGACCGCUCUUCUGAGAGGGCUGGAGGAAAGGAAGGGUGGUCUCCAGCCCCAGGCCACAGAACAUAGGAAGUCUGCUGCACUCACUUCCUUCAAAGCACUCUACCCAUUCACUGCCCGAAAUCAGGAUGAGCUCAGCUUUAACGCAGAUGAUAUCAUUGAGGUUGAUGAAACGACAGAGCGCGAGCAGGGCUGGCUGUACGGCAGCAGACAGGGAAAGAUGGGCUGGUUCCCAGAGAGUUACGUGGAGAAAAUAGCCACACCAGACAUCAAAAGUAAUACUGCUGUUGCUAGUGGCCCCAAAGUGGCCCCAAAGCCACAGCUUUCCAGUGCCACAACAGCCAACUUGGAGGCUGCCAUUGCCACAGGGACAAAGUCUGCCUUCACUCCAACGCACUCUCCAAACCCUGCCCACUCCGAGACACAGGGACAGGUGGUUGGCAACCUGUUAGCCCAGGCCCUAUGUUCCUGGACGGCGAAGACAGAAAGCCAUCUGAACUUCAGUAAGGACGAUGUUAUUCGGGUGUUGGAGCAGCAAGACAGCUGGUGGCUAGGAGAGCUGAACGGAUCACAGGGCUGGUUCCCCAAAACAUAUGUGACCCUGUUGGGAGAGGGCGAGAGCACCGACACCAUGUAUUCCCCUCCUGAUGGUUCUGAAUCCGGUGAUGGCCAGCAAUUAGAAGAAUAUGUGGCACUGUACACCUAUGAGUCCCCAGAGCCCGGUGAUCUGACUUUUAGAGAGGGAGAUAUGAUCCUGGUGAGCCAGAGAGGAGGAGAGUGGUGGACCGGCUCAAUAGGAGACCGCACAGGGUUGUUCCCCAGCAACUAUGUCAAACCUAAAGAGACCGAUACAUACAGCAUUUCCAGCAAAAAGAAACCAGAGAUAGCCCAAGUGACAAGUGCCUACUCCUCUAAUGGCCCUGGACAGCUAAGCUUGGCUCCUGGUCAGCUCAUCCUCAUCCUCAGCAAAAACACCUCCGGCUAUUGGCUCGGGGAGCUACAGGCCCGCGGUAAGAAACGUCAGAAGGGCUGGUUCCCUGCCUCUCAUGUUAAAAUAUUGGGAUCCAACAGCGGCAAGUCCACACCUGCACCCCAACCAGUCUGUCAGGUGAUAGCCAUGUAUGACUAUACAGCAGCCAAUGAGGAUGAGAUGAGUUUCUCCAAAGGUCAGCUGAUCAAUGUCCUGGACAGGAACGAUCCUGAUUGGUGGAAAGGAGAGAUUAAUGGGGUCACCGGCCUGUUCCCCACCAAUUACGUCAAGAUGACCACAACAGAGUCGGAUCCCAGCCAGCAAUACCCCUCCAGCCUCGACUCCCUCAGCCCGCAGGAGAGAAAGAGACAGGGUUACAUCCAUGAACUGAUACAGACUGAAGAGAGAUAUGUGGAAGACCUGCAAAUAGUCCUGGAGGUGUUCUAUAAGCCCAUGUCAGAGUCCGGUCGUUUGACUGAGGCAGAGAUGGCCAUGAUCUUUGUCAACUGGAAGGACCUGAUAGCAUGCAACAUCAAACUACUUAAGGCGCUGCGCGUGCGUAAGAAGACAGGCGGGGACAACAUGCCGGUGCAGGUGAUUGGAGAUAUCCUGGCCUCAGAGCUAGCCCACAUGCAGCCCUAUAUCCGCUUCUGUUCCUGCCAGAUCAACGGAGCUGCCUUGCUCCAGACUCGCACCGACAACGAGCCAGAGUUCAAGGAGUUCCUUAAGAAAAUUGCCACAGACUACAGAUGUAAAGGCAUGCCACUGUCCAGCUUCCUACUGAAACCAAUGCAGAGAAUCACCCGCUACCCACUGCAUAUCAAAAAUAUUCUGGAGUGCACUGCAGAAGGUCACGUGGAUAAGGACACGUUGAAGGAGGCUCUUGAGAGAGCCGAGGAACUUUGUCAACAGGUGAAUGAGGGGGUGAGAGAAAAGGAGAACUCUGACAGACUGGAGUGGAUUCAGACCCACGUGCAGUGUGAGGGCAUCACAGAGAACCUGGUCUUUAACUCUCUGACCAACUGUCUGGGUCCCAGGAAACUUCUGCACAGUGGCAAGAUGCACAAGGCGAAAAGCAACAAGGAGCUCUGGGCCUUCCUCUUUAAUGACUUCCUCCUGCUGACGCAUGCCUCCAAACAGUUCACCUCGUCUGGCCCUGAUAAACUUUUCAACAACAAGAACAACACACAGCUCAAAAUUUACAAGCCGCCUGUGUUCCUAAAUGAAGUCCUGGUGAAGCUUCCAGACCCAUCCAGUGAUGAGCCCAUCUUCCACAUCUCACAUAUUGAUAAAGUUUAUGUACUCAAGACUGAAAACAUCAAUGAGCGGACUGCAUGGGUUCAGAAAAUUAAGGCGGCAUCGGAGUACUUCAUCGAGACGGAGAAGAAGAAAAGGGAGAAGGCCUAUCAGGCUCGCUCCCUGAAGGCCAGUGGAAUUGGUAGGCUUUUUGUCACCAUCUUGGAGGCUACUGAACUCAAAGCAUGCAAACCGAAUGGUAAAAGUAACCCGUACUGCGAGGUGACCAUGGGAGCUCAGAUAUACACUUCAAGAACCCUCAAUGACACCCUUCACCCCAAAUGGAACUUCAACUGCCAGUUUCACAUCAAGGACCUAUACCAGGACGUCCUCUGUAUCACCAUCUUUGAACGGGACCAGUUUUCACCCGAUGACUUUCUAGGUCGUACAGAGGUUCCCGUGGCCACCAUAAAGAAAGAGUUGGAAAACAAGGGGGCAGUGACACGUCGUCUUCUUCUCCAUGAGGUUCCGACAGGGGAGGUCUGGGUCCGCCUCGACCUGCAGCUCUUCAACAACAAAUAGCCACAUAUGGACAGUUUCCCCCUGGAGUCCCAUAAAAAACAGGUCUUUUCAUAUGUAAAUAACUGCAUCUUACACAUAUAUGGACUGUUUGUUUGUUUUGUUUUUUGCAACAUCCCAAAAUCAAGACAUUCAUUUAAACAAGGACAGACCCUAAGGGGACAGAGUCUAAAUUGAGACAUACUCCUCACUUUGCAUACCCCUCCCUCAUAAUGCCUAUUACUAAGCAGUACUAAUUGUACUUCUGGUCUUGUCAUCUGAACUCUCCUAUAAGAGCUCUGACAUCAUCCAAAUCGACCAAGAGGAGUUGGUUAAAACUUUGUGGAUGCACCCAGACUGGGAGAAGAGCAGGAUCCAUCAAUUAGCUGUUCCUUUUGUGCCAACCUGUCAUCAUCUUAGCCUUUUUUCUCUGAAAGGGUGAUUAAGGCUUUUUUUUUUUUAAUGCAGGGGGACCAAAUAUGUCACAGACCUGUUUCUGGUGGGUUCCUGCAUGACAAAAGUAACAAUGCAUAACAAGCAAAGGAUAAGAAAGCAAACUUCUCAAUUGGGUUAUUGCUGUAAGCAUGUAAUAACCCCUACAGAGGGAUGAAGAGGUUUUUUUUGGGAGACUAAAACUUGAAAGUUUCAGCAGUUGGCCUUACUCUAAAUAGAGCAAUAAACUCCUCGAGGUUCUCCUUUGUUCUCUAUUAGACCUACUUUGUCUGAUCAAUUAUUUAAGGAGUUACUACAUUAAAAAUUAGCAGCUUAUUUUUUUAAGUCUUCACUGAUUUCAAAACUGUAAAUAUUUCAUCUGUAGGAUUCUGGACCUAGUGUUUGCCAAAGGCGGUUUGACAUUGACGCAUUAUUUCAUCUAUUAAUACGGUGCACGAAAUAUAUUCCGUUUUUUUUUGGUUUUUUUUUUUUUCAAGGGAACACAUGAUGGAUGAAUCUUUUGAGACCGUUACUGGGAAGAUGGUUUAUAUAAGAACCAUUGAUUAAAGGAGUUUUGGCAUUUUUUUGAGUUUUCACUAGCAACCCAUGUCACCUCUGUAGUACUACAUCAUAGCCAUUGUUACAUUUGUGGUAGUAUUAUGUUGUUGGACCUUUGGAGGGUGCUAUCAAACACCCUGCAAAUAUGUAUUUUUUCAAAGCAAGGGACAAAAACAUGGUGCCCAGGGUGCAGACUGGGCAGAUUCUCUCUCUCUCUCUCUUUUUUUUUUUUUUUUUUAGUGGCUCUGGCAAGGCAGGUUAUCACUGUUUGAUCAAAGAUCUCAGGAUUUGAUAUUGUUUUUGGUUUAAGUCUGUGGCACUGUAACAAUAUUGAACACUUAUUUUGUGUUCUUGCUUCUUCUGCUAUGUUCGAUUGUGUGUGUGUGUGUGUGUGUGUGUGUAAAUAGGAAUGUACAAGACACCUUCAGCUAAGAGCUCUUCAAAUGCUGCAACUUUUAGAGUUAUGAUUUAUAAACCCCGAGCUUAAUCCAAAUACUGUCUCCUCAUUUCUCUGUGUUUAAAUUUAUUUGAACCAGUGAAUUUAGUUUUGUUUUUGUUUGUUUCUUUUUUCUUAUUUUUUCAUGGCAGAGCGAGCACUCCUCAUAAGUGCAAACUAUUUCAUUUAUGUAUGUUAAAGUGUAUAAGGUAAAGCCCUCUUACUCCCCAUUUUAAUAAUACCCUCAUCCCUUUGUUUUUGCCUCUCUCUUUUGUCUUGAGUGCUUUACAUUGUGAGGCAUUGCGUAUGGGCAGCUUUGCCAGCAGUAAUGACAAAACUGUUUUUUUCCAUUACUUCUCUGUUCUUUAUACCGUGGUCCAUUUUGGUCAUCCUACCAUUUUAUGAAUCUACAAUCCCACUCCUUGCUAAAUGCAAUAAUGUCCAUUUCUGUUACCACAAAUAGUUGACUGUUGUGAUCACCUGAACACCAACAGUGGGAAACUGACAAGGAUUUAAAGUGUGUAAAUGCUGUAUUUUACUUCUUUUUUUCUGCCAGUUUCUUGUCUAAUCCUCAGCUCCACCCAGUGGUCUGGUUGUAAAUGGAUGCUGGCCAGGGGGGAAAAGUGCUUUUAUUUAUUUUUUAAUUUAUGUGUGUAUGGUUAUUCAAUGGUGUGAAACAGCUUUGCUGCAUCACUUUGGAUAAUCAGCUGUGUCCUUUGGGUUUGUUUUGACAUUUUGUACUGCUGAAUUUGGAAGGAUUUGUUCCUCCAAUGUGUGUGGGUACUGUCUGGAAAAGUGAUGUAGUCUCUCAGAUACAUCUGAUAAUGAGCGAGUUUUACUGUAAGUAGAUGAGGCCACUGGUGAAUAUGUCAUCCCUGCUGUCUUCAGCCAUUUUAUCCCUUUCAUCUAUCCUGUCCGAUUAGUAAAAAAUUCUGUUUUUCCGUCUAUUAAAAUAAUGAUUUUCUUUUUUAAUGGAGACUUUCCUCUCCUUUUUUAUUUUUAGGAACAUGUGAGAAGAAACUCUGGACCUCUCUACUUGUAACUGUUGGGGUUUUCAUAAAUUGUUUUGUUUUAUCUUAAUUUUCCACAGCCCUCCAGAUUAACUACUACAGUGCUAACUGAGAUUAGUUUUAUCCUAACAUGCAUCCUGUGCAUGGCCGAUCAGUGUGUACACUACCUAACUUGCUGUGUGUAUUCAAUAGGACUGCCACAAGGCAAACUUUCAAUCAGGGUUUCUUAUUAAAAUGAUUAAAAUUGACCGAUUUUUGAAAUCUGAGUGUUUAUUUAUUAAUUUUUUUCUUUGGGGUAGAAUUUCACCAUAAUAUCAUCUGUAAAUUGUGCUUAAAUAUGCUAUGGAGGAAUAACAUGGUAGAGAGGGGAAAUUAAGCGGUUUCCACUUUUUUAAUACAAUUUCAUGUACUAAAAUGGAGGCAUUGGAUCAGUUAAGAUAAACUAUACAUUUCAAGAAGGUUCAUCUGAGAACUUCUGUCAUAUGAGCUUGCAUCCACUGGUUUUGCCUAAUGACAAUCAGUUUUGAAUGUCACUCAAAAUGCAACUAAGGGCUUUUUUUAAAUAUAGGGGCAGUUGUUUGGUUUGUGUAACUGAUGGUCUUAGGAAGCUAUGCAGUGCCAUGUGGAUUUGUCAGUGCGCACCGAUAGACCUCAUUAAGUCCUUCUUCACCCUCCAGUGGCUCUGAGGUCCACAGGAGAAACAGUCAUUACAUAACCAGACUGGUUGGCCUGGCGAGGCCCCGACUCCAGCAGAAAACACAGAACGGAGGUGACAAAGAUGGCUAAUCCCUGCCCUCUGUUGUAGUUGUUCGUGCUGCAGACUAGUGGAUUUUAUGAAAUGAGAUGCAAAUUUAGAUGCAAAUAAAUAGCAACUGUUCUUUUAUGGUUAUUGAAUAAGUCAUAUGUUAUACAGUUAAUUUCCUUGCUGAAUUCCUCCAUAAACAUGGAAGGAUGACAAGUAGCUGAUGGUUAGACACAAUUAUUUUGCACAAUUUUUUAUAAUGGUUCAUUGUAAUUGUUGUAGAUUUUCACAAUGUAUAAUGUUCACUUAACGUAAAAAGUUCCUUCAGUCUUUCUCCGUGGCUCUCAUCUUAUCCUUUAGUGCUUCUCUUACAGUGUCAGUAUGAUUAAGGUCACACUGAUAUUGUAAGGGUAGUGCGGCCCUCACGUUUGGCUUUCUGACUGUUGGUUGUGACUUCGGAAAUGUAAAAAUUCAAGUUAUUUGACGUGCAGCAAUUGUAUGGCCACUUCAGAAUGUAGUCACC